AAGUUGUGUACGUGGUGAUUACAAAGUACUGACUGUUUUUGAACGUGCCGAAAUGACGUACGUUCAACGGCACAAAGGGAUGUUCAAGUUGGACGCGUUUGCGUUAUGAACGGAUCAUUUAACUUAUGUUCCUGGUUAAUGAUAAGACGGUAUAAAAGCCAUAGUAGCCAGGGAAGGGAAUCAUUACAUCGUCAACAAAUUACAAUGGCCUCUCCCAAAGUUUGGUUUAUAACGGGGUCGUCCUCGGGAUUCGGAAGGUCUAUGACGGAGUACGCACUCAGCCAAGGCGACAUCGUAGUAGCAACCCUCCGCAAACCACAAGUCCUCUCCGACCUCGAAGCUCGAUACUCAGCAGACAAGCUCCUUGUACUCAAAGUUGAUGUUACGAAGCAAGAAGAUAUCGACGAAGCGUUCGCGCGCACGCAUUCGGUGUUCGGACGGCUGGACGUAGUAUUCAACAAUGCUGGAUAUGCACUUAUCAGCGAAAUCGAAGGCACGCCGGAUCAUAAAGCACGUGCGCUUUUCGAGACAAAUUUUUGGGGCGCGACGAACGUUAGUCGUGCUGCUGUGAAGUUUUUUAGGGAGGUGAACGAACUAGGCAAGGGGGGAAUAAUUCUUCAAGUUAGUUCGGUUGGUGGGAUUAACGCGUUUGCUGGGUUGAGUUAUUAUGCUGCGUCAAAACAUGCGCUGGAGGGGUUCUCAGAUGGUCUUGCGAAGGAGUUGCCAGCUUCCUGGAACAUAAAUGUCUGCAUCAUUGAACCCGGGGAAUUUCACACAAACGUAAUCGGAGAAACAACCGCGUUACCGCAGCAUCCAGCAUACGCUGACGAGUCCUUUCCGACUUCCGUGCUGCGUAAGACGCUAAAUGGUGCGCUUUGGGAAGGAGACGCGGACAAGUUCGCGCGGACUGUGUAUGAGGUUGUACAGGGAGGAAAGAUACCGAAGCGGUUGCCUAUGGGUUUGGAUGCGCUUGAGGUGCUGAAUCUUAGGAUCGAGGAUUUGAAGGCAACUGUGGACGAGACGAAGGGAUGGUCAGUGGAUUUGAAGAGAGCUGAGGGGGGACUCAGAUCCCAGCGGAAUGUAUGGGACAAGUACGAUAUAGCAUGGGUCAUCUGGAUAUGCAAUGUACACGCGGGUACCGAUUUCAUUGCAUAA